AUGGAGGGGUUGGCGAGAAAGGGGAUCGUGCCCCCACCAGAGAUCGCCGUAAAGUUCACGGCAGUAACGAUUCAAGAAAGGGGAGACGUGGUCGUGAUGACCUCCACUGGAGAGGCUGCGCGAUGGAUCCGGGAGGUCUGCUCCGGGCCUUUCGCGCAGGAGCUGCAGAUGGGGGCAUCGGUGGUGCAACGCACAUACCCAUUGGUGGUGGGAGGAGUGUCCACCGAAUUUGAUCCAAACGACGAGGAGGCGUUGCGGGGGCUAGAGGACGAGAACGGGCUCACACGAGGGAGCAUUGCGUCGGCGGCGUGGAUGAAAGCCCCAGAGAAGCGUUGGGAAGGACAGACAAUCGCGAUGAUGCGGGUGGUGUUCUCGUCAGCGGCCGCCGCAAAUUCUGCCAUU